AUGCCAUUGUUGGAUGACAUGCUUAAGACACAAGUAAAGCUCAAUCUAACGCCCUUGUAUAUACUUGAAUAUGUGUACGAGUCCUCGUGUCUGUCUGGAGGGAAUGUAGGAGAGAAAGAAUGCAUAUAUUACAAUGGCAGGCAGUUGUCCAUACUCAAUACUACUAGACCAUCACUGUCAGAGAAACGCAUGGGGGUGUUCUAUAUAGUAUCACGGAGAGGGAAUGUGACCCUAAGAGUGCUUACAUGUGCAGGUGUUGGAAACUAUAUUGUAUCAUCUAUUCCAGCUUUCAUUCUCCACUUCUAUGCUGCUGAAGGUAAAGAGCAAGCCACUGUCCAAAGCUUGUCACUUUUGCCAAAGCUUGCCAUCCCAAUUGGGCAGUUUACGGAGAUCCUUAAAGAUUUUGUUAAUGAAAUUUCAAAUAAGUACAACAUCCCAGAUGAGUGUACAAGGUGUCCAAAUAGAGAAUCAGCUACUACGAGAUUUCUACUCGUAGUUAAUCCAUCUUUGAAGUUACUUGUCCUUGCAGUUGUCAGUGUACGGUGGUAUGCUGGUGUUGGAUAUCUUUUAAAUAUAAUGUUUCUGCAAGGUCCGGUGCUGUUAUACAUGGAAAGGGCGGAAGCAGGGUUUUGCGCGAAAAACAGUGGCCAACAUAGCCAUAAGGAGGAGGAUUUUCGUUAUAUCCUUAUGCUUCAGUCACUUCUAGAGAAUCCCCUGGAAGAAUUCCUGAUGACCGUCGAGAAAAAAUUGUGCAUGGCCUUAUUCAUAUCUUCUCUGAGACCCUGUCAAUUGCAAGAUCAAUAG